GGGAAGUGGUUCUGGUUGACAUAGAAGACAGCAGUCCUGUGCACAAGUUGAAUGUGAAUGCUGAAGUGACAGCGCUGAACUGGGCUCUCCAUGUUCCUGAAGAGACAGCUCAGAAGAAAACAGUCUUUGAGGAUACGUCAGAAACUUUCCUGCCACCUCUGCCGUCUCUUUCAAAGACCUAUUCAGUGACAAAUGGGGGAGAACGUGAAGAGGGGCGCCAAGAGGGACGUCUUCUACAUGAUCAGAAUGCUCUGACAUUACUUACAGUUGCCACCGCAGCAGGAUCUGUGUAUAUGUAUGCCUUUGGUCUGUUUCAUUGUGCAACUGUAGACCUUGGAGAGACAAUUCCAGGAGCUGGACAGGUCUUAGAUGCAACGCCUUCGCAUGAUUUACACCUUUUGAGCUGUCUGCUGGAACGUACAGUGCAGGGAGAACGAGAAGUUGUUCAUGUUACUGUUGAAACCAUGAUUUUAGCUUGUCGACAUCAGGAAUUACAUGCCCUUGCUUAUCGGUUUGGCCAGAUAUAUGGACUUAUGACAUAUGCAUCACAUACUCUCACCCUUCUGGCCGAAGCUUGGGAAAGUAUAUUAUUAGAAUUAGAUGCAAAGCUCGCAACAUAUGCAAGCACUGUAUCAGAAGGAGGUGUGUCAGCUGACUUUUUAGAUCUGUUGGUAUUCGGGUUUUCAUCUCCAGAAUUCGAUAUGUUCCUUUCAAACCAACUCACAGAAAAAGGACUUAAGAAACUGGGCCAUUCCAUAGAGCUGAGUUAUUCAAACAUCCAAAAGCUAGUUUUGCAUAAUGUGCAAGCUGUAGGCCAGGCACUUGUGUACCAGCUAAGUGCACUUGUCGGGUUAGCACGUCACCAUGACCGUUUUGGAAUGUUAGGAGUCGAGGAAAGUGUUGUCACAAAUGCAGUAAGGGAAGCAGGUGCAUUUGUUCUAAAGGCUGUAGAACUACAGCAAGUCAUUGAUGGAGCCAUGAGCACAUUCAAAGCCUUCCUCAGGUGGCUCUAUGUAGUUGUCCAACGAGUCAGAGGGGAAGCAGUGCCAGACGAAAUGAGCAGGAUGACACAACAGGAUUUAACAUACAUCACAGAGUUUCUUCAUGAUAGUCUGGAGGAUACAGCAACUGGGCCAGAUGGAGAAAAACGAACUAGGUUUCGACUUGAACGUGUUGGACAGUACCUGAAGGAUGAACCACUCUCAUGUCCCCCGGAAUCUAAUAGUAAUCCCUGGGAGAUUUUCCUAGCUGAGCAUCCUGCUGUGGCAGAGCACUCUUUGAUCUUCCCUCACCAUCAUGAAAGAUCUCUUCUCCAAGAACAUAAAAGUCUUGCACGUGUUUUAGAUAACAUGGCUGGACAUCCAGCACAGGUUAUUAGUGGGGCAGUAAACAUUGUAUCUUGGGUACCAAUUAUAGCUGUAGCUCCCACGGGACCAGUAACUGUUAGUCAGAUAAGUUGUCCCCGGGAUAAUGCCAUGUAUACUGUCCUAUUACCUGGCUCCAAACAAAAUGUCUUGUACCUAGCUCGAUGGUCCACAAGUGCUGAUCGAUUAGCCCAAGCUGGAGAUGCACCAGGCCCUGCACAUCAUGUAGAGGCUGCUCCUUUUGUGUUUUCACGUCUUGAGGGACCUCGAGGGUGCUCUAUGGAGCAGCCUAGCACACCUACACCUUUAUUGCAACUGAUUGGAGCACAGUUUUACACUGAGGAAACAUUGUCAGUUUUGGCACAAGAUCCUUCAGAUCCAAGGUCUUCCUUCUUCAUACAGUUAUGGAUGGUAGCAGCCUGUGCAGAACUGAGACCCCUUGCUGUGUACGGUGAACAACUCCUGGCAGAUGUUGGUAUCACUCCAAGAGAUGCUGGCACCUUAGUUGAUGCUAGUGGUUACCGUCGUCUGGAAGGUGGACCCCUCUCGGCGUUAGCUGUUUCUGGAUCCCGAAAACUUGCUCUUUUACUCUCUGAGAAUAGAAGACGAGUAAGGCUGUUUGAGAUGGAAGUAGAUGAGGAUGACGAAGAUGAAGAUGAGGAAGAUACUGCCCAACACGAAUCUAUCAUGAAUGCCUCAGGUGCUUCAGAUGACCCUGUGGACGGUAUGUAAUUGUGGAAUAGAUGACAAUAAACAUUUAUAUGGA